AUGGAGUCGACGGCAACCACAACACUGGCAGCGAAUGACACUUCGAGCACAACUCCCAACAGCACAUCUCCUAUUGUGGAUACGGGACAGACCGGACAGACCGGUCGCACACCACUCAUGUCGCCCGUGAAGGCUCUCAACUACAGCAACAAAUGUCCGCAAAAGGAGACGGCAUUGGAAUCGCCGCUAACUAUAACUAACGCCAUAUCGAAGCCGAGCGGUGGAGACGCCGAAAGUGUGAGUUCAUUGAGUGAUGUCGAGAAUUUCACGGGUAAAAUAGUGUACAAUCCCGACGGCUCGGCCUAUAUUAUCGAGGGUAGCGCCGACUCCGAGGCCAGUGAUGUGGAGGCGGAGAUCAGCCAAGAGGGCAGUAUUAUAGACGCGCGCGGAAUGACACCGCCGUACGGGCGAAGUAGUGUUGCCUUUCCGCAGGUGGUGUCCGCCUUUCAUAUAUCCCGGAGUUCAGCGGCCGCUCUAUACAGUGCUCUCUACGGUCAGGCCUAUCAAAACAUUCUACAAGAAAAUCAAGUUCCUGUUCCUGAAGUACCAAUUAUGCACUCAUACCGGGUCUUCACUCUGAGGGACGGCUUCAACGCCAACUGCGCCGACAGUGUCUCCAACCAGAAGGAUAUGAUGAGUCCGUUAGACAAAGACAACAACAACACACUGAACGCUCGGCCCAACCAAAUGAACCAUUCGGAGAGUUCGGCGGCGAACAGUGCGAGUAGUUGUCAGACAGUGCCCGUCAAACCCAUUCUCAUGUGCUUUAUAUGUAAACUAUCGUUCGGUUACUCCAAGUCAUUCAUCGCUCACUCAAUACAAGAGCACAACAUUGCGCUCAACGACGAGGAGAAGCGCGUCCUCUCACACAAGAACACGUCGGCCAUCAUUCAGGGCGUCGGCAAAGACAAGGAACCGCUCCUGUCUUUCCUGGAGCCCAAACCUCGGGCGCCGACACUCAACCAAAACGAAAUGCCACAGCAAUUGCAGCAACACUUUGAAGCACAACAGCGUCUAUUGGUGGCGGCGGCCACUGCUCUGAGACAACAAAGUUCCUCCGCUUCGACCACAAGUGCUGGUCAGUCGACAACCACACCGGCUAUGAGAAUGGCGUCACUCAGUACGGACUCUAUGGUCUCGUCGCUCACCAGUCCAGUCACUUCCGCGCCGGACAUUAAACCAUUUGAAUCUCAUUCCUCCGCUUUAAGCUUUGUUCUGCCAAAGAAUGGUUCGGACCAUCAGUACGACCCGACAGACCCCGCGAUGGCCUCAACGCCGACGCCUGAAGCGGACAAUUCGUUUGCUCCAGAAUUGGCUGAUUUGGCGAAUCUGGAGAAGAUAGCGAAGGCGGCGGCGGCCGCAGCACAACAGCAACAGAUGGAACAGAUGUCUCAAUUGGCAGCCCUUCAGCACCGGUCGCCCUCUCCUUCCAAACAGACGCCCCCAACCGCGCCGUCGCCUAAGAGUCCCAUCGCGUCGUCGACCACACCAUCGCUGCCACAGCCGUACCACUCGUCCGGCAGUCCGACCAACGCGUCGCCGCUCUUGUGUUCACAACAUCCGGACGGUAAGUGCGAUGGCCUGUCGUUAGGCGCGAAGUGUGAUCUAAUGGUUGGUUGUGUGCGUCCCACAGGUGGCCAUAUGACCAUGAUGCAUUCUCGCAACUCGUGCAAGACGCUCAAGUGUCCCAAAUGCAACUGGCAUUACAAAUAUCAGGAGACACUCGAGAUCCACAUGAAGGAGAAACACCCCGAGAACGAGAUGAACUGCAUCUACUGUCUGGCCAAUCAGCCCCACCCCCGACUGGCCCGCGGCGAGACCUAUACGUGCGGUUAUAAGCCCUACCGCUGCGAAGUGUGUAACUACUCGACCACUACUAAAGGCAACCUUUCAAUACAUAUGCAAUCAGACAAACACAUCAAUAAUGUACAGGAGUUGCAAAACGGCAACAUUCCGGCCGAACAUCUGCUCCAAUCGCAAGCCUUGGCACAGGCCGUCGCCUCAGCCACUGGUGGCGUCCAAUCAACUACUACUUCAGUUCCUACGACGACGACCAGCGCGUCGAUCACUACAUCGCCGGCACCGAUGCCGACAACACCGGUGGCCGACAAGUCGCCCAAAGUGCCGACACAACACACGCCCCAAACUCCCACCAGCGCUCAGGCGGGGGGCCCUCCGGCCAAACAGAAGGCCACGUGGAGGUGCGAUGUCUGCAACUAUGAGACUAAUGUCGCCCGAAAUCUCAGGAUUCACAUGACGAGUGAGAAACACACCCAUAAUCUCAUGGUUUUGAAGCAAAACGUGUCGCAUAUGCAGCAGUUGUCGGCAUUACAACAGGCGGGUAUGCUUACGCCCGAACAGCUGUUCCAAUUCCACCCUGGUAUAUUCGCGGCCGCCGCCGGGCUCGCGUCCGGACAGCCCACCGGACCCAACGACAACCUGCAACCCGAGGCGGCGCUCGCGGACAUGGCCUACAAUCACGCGCUGCUAAUGAUGGCCAGUCAACAGCAACAGCAGCGCGCGAUGGCCGCCGCUAUUAUGCAACAGCAACACCAACAACAACAACACCAACAGAGCCCGAGUCCGGGCAAUAAGUCUCCGGUCGCGCGUAUGAGUGGAUCGGGAUGUCAGCCGACGUACGACAUCGAGCAUCCGGACCCGUCUCUCGGCUUACAUAACGUUCCCUACGACGACACGUGCCGUCUCUUUCAAUGUUGUGUUUGUGCGCUGUAUUCGAGUGACUCGAUUGAAGGGCUGAGUCAACACAUCCAAUGUGACCGAACCCGACAGCGGGAGGAGGAGGUGUUGAUGGCUGUCGGCGGCUCUUAUAUCUGCAAACUGUGUUCCUAUAAGACUAAUUUGAAGGCCAACUUUCAACUGCAUUGCAAAACCGAUAAGCAUUUACAGCGAUUACAACACGUGAAUCACAUCAAAGAAGGCGGCGGUCAGUCCGAGUGGAAGCUGAAGUACGUGAACGUCUCCAAUCCGGUUCAGGUUCGCUGCAAUGUUUGUGAUUACUAUACAAAUUCCAUACAUAAACUACAACUACAUUGUGCUAACCCGCGACACGACGCCUGUUCCCGAGUCUUCCUUCACUUACAACUCGCCGAGACUCUGGUCAACACCGGAGGAGUGAAGUACUACUUUUGUGCCCUCUGUGCCCAUCCCUCGCGCACUAAGAUAUCGCUCGUCCAACACAUCAACUCUAUUAAACACAUCCGAAACGAAAGCCUCCGACAACUGAAACAACAACAGAGCGGCUCAUUAGGCAUGAAAGACGCUGAGGAAGAGAUCCGCGAAUUAUUUCAGGUCAAAGAGUUGGGUCCCAACGAAAAGGUCGUCUUUGAAAGCGGUAAGCAAUCGAGAAUCGAUUUUAACAACAAUUCAAACGACGAUAUCUCCGGCUCUCCGCCAUUGGGAUCGGCUAUCGAGUCGAGCGACUCGAUGCUGAAGAAUGCGCUUCUGGAACAGCAGGCAGUGAUGGCACAAAUGGCCGCCAAAAUGAGUAACGAUGGCGGAGGAGAAGUGGUGCACAACUGUCCCUAUUGUACAUACAGUCACACCAAUGAAAUGAGAAUCCAAAUGCAUAUCGUGUCCACACAUUCCAAGCAAACACAGAGGAGUCACUCGACAACACCGCCGACCCCUACGGCCGCCACAACCGAACACACAGUGACGACAAUGACGUGUCCGCUCUGUGGCGAGGCUUUCAAAGAGAAGACUCGACUCAAGACUCACUUAAUAGACAUCCAUUCUGUCAAACAGGAAGGACUCGACAAACUCAUGCUUUUAGUGGACACCACAGAACAGGUGAACGCAAAGCCCAAACACACGGCGCGACACAUCUCUCCUCAAUGGUCUCCCAAUGAAGAGGAUUCAGACCAAAGAGAAAUGGACGCCAAAAGUGAUUAUUCCGGUGACAGCGGUUCCAAGCAUUGCGACGACGAACUCAUGGACACCGGUGUCUUCGCGGAGACCCUUCACUGUCCCGGUUGUCCCAAAAUAUUCCUAACUCUCGACGAAUUAUUUACUCAUAUUAAUAGUGAGGGACACCUGAAGCUGACCACUGAUGGGUCACCCAAUGCCAGAACCGGUGCCGCAAUCGGUAACUCCAACAGUGGAUACAAGUGCUGGAAAGCCGGUUGCGGACAGAUAUUCAAGACUAUAAGUGCCACUCAAUUGCAUUUCAAAGAACAGCACGCAUUGAAAACGAGCCAAAUGUCGGGCACAACGGUCUCCGACCGACACGUCUAUAAGUAUCGGUGCUCUCAAUGCAGUCUCGCAUUCAAGACCAUUGAGAAACUGCAGCUCCACUCGCAGUACCACAUGAUUCGCGCGGCCACUCAAUGCGUUCUCUGCGGCCGUAACUUCCGGUCAGUGGAAGCGCUGCACAAACACGUGGAGACCAGUCAUACGGAGAUGAGUGAGGAAGAGCUCGAACAAUACAAAUCCAGUUUAGUCAACAACCCUUUGCUCAUCACUGGUCGCAACGGCGCCGGCAUUCUUGACCCCCAAACCACUCAACUCUUGAAGAAUGAGUCCAAUCGUAUGGACGACUCCAUCGAUGACGAGGCCAUGGAUUUAGUGAUGGGAAACGCGAACGACGAGAUGGACGAAGACAUGACAGACAUGAGCGACAAUCGCGAGGGAAUGGUUGGCCCGCAAGCGGCCAACUCUUUGGAGGACUUCCUGAACUCGCAGGCGGUGGCGGAGGACAGCUAUAACGACCCGACGCGCAAAUACAAGUGCCAUCGCUGUCGCGUCGCCUUCACGAGACAGAGUUAUCUCACGUCUCAUAACAAAACACUUUUGCACCGAAAGGGAGAGAAACUGAGUUAUCCUAUGGAGAAGUAUUUGGAUCCGAACCGUCCGUAUAAAUGCGAUAUCUGUAAGGAAUCAUUCACUCAGAAGAACAUACUAUUAGUUCACUACAACUCUGUCUCGCAUUUGCAUAAAUUGAAGCAAACCAUGAAAGAGAACUCCACUCUCACUAACACUCAGACCACAAACACUCUCACCUCGAGUCCGGCCAUCGGCUCGAAUGUGACCAACAAUUCAAACCCCAUUAUGAGUGCGACGCCGACGGAGAGCGCGACUCAGCCGCCGGUGACCACACUUUCGCAGUCAUCCAACGCUAACAAUAGCGCCGAUCUGGAGAAGAAGCCCUACCGCUGCAACAUUUGUAAAGUUGCCUACAAUUUGGGCACAACUCUCGAUAUACACGUGCGUUCAGUCCUACACCAGACCAGAGCCUCCAAACUGCACGACUUGGCGCUCACGGGUCAGAUCGAUCUCAGCGUUCCUCUCAUCGAACGACCGGACAAUACGAGUGAGACUGCGGUGACGAUGAGUACGCCGAGCGCUCCCAACUCAGGCAUUCCCAGCGCUUCGGCCACUUCUUCGCCGCCAAAGAUGAGCGCCGAUGUGGCGAAGCGGACGGCGAGCACACCGUCGCCGAGCACUACACCCAACAAACAACUACACGACACCAUAAUGUCGCUCAAUCUGUCGGACCCGCAACAGGCGGCUGUCUUACAACAGGCGGCCCUCAAUCUGGCGAUGAGUGCCGGAAACAACGGCCACAACCUAUUGAUGGGUUCGUCUCCAUUCCAGUGCCAAAGAUGCGGGUCAGCUUUUAUCUCACAAGAAGCGCAACUACAACACCAACAGCUCUGCUGUCUAUUCAAUACUCCUUCACAUAAUACUAGCGCUCAGAAUAUCAAUAAACAGUCGGCUAUUAAUCAACUGAGAAGUCAAUCGCCUCCUCAGCCCAACUCCGAGCCAACUAAUGCUCCCAUAACUCAGUCGACUCUCGCAUCCAAUAACUCCGGUGCGAGAAGUGCUCCCAAAUUCUCGAGUUAUGCUCCCGUCUGUCGAUCCAAACCUCCUCUCUAUAAGCACUUACUCGAGACCUGGGGUUUUGAGAUCGUUAUGCAAUUCAAUGAAUGCCACCAAAAGAGAGUCAGAAAAGACAACAACGACUCGACUGACAAAACCAAGAAAGACAUUGAUCUCAACGCCAACCCUAACCCCAAUACCACCUCAACGCCGACCACCGCUGACACCAAAGAGCUUAAGCCCAUCGAAGGCAUCGCCGAUAGUGAGGCCAAUAAGACUGAGGCAAACGAAUCGGAGAUCAGAAAACAAGACUUGAAAAACAAUUUGCCGGAAAUUAAUCGAUCGAAAUGUGAUAAAUGCAGUAAAGAGUUCUCAUCCAUUUGGGUGCUGAAGGCUCACAGAGAGGAGAUCCACAAAGACGUCGUCCCUCUCGAUGUGGUCGAGAACUUUGCCGACGAAUACCGAACCGAAUACGACAGGAAGUGUGCCCUCGAAGACGACAACGAGUGCUCAACCGAUCAAAUGAAUGCCAACGCAAACGAAAUGCAACAACAAAUAGCUUCGGGCUCUAACGCCGGCCCUUCAAACUCACCGCCUCUGGCUAUGGCUGGCAAUGGUAUGCUUAACAACGGACAGAACGCGUCGCAGGCAGACAUGGCUGCGGCCAAUCAAAUGGCAGCACAUCUUCAGUUCAGCCAACUGUUGAUGAGUAUGGGUUUGGCGGGAAUGGGAAUGCCUAUGAAUAUGGGUAUGAAUAUGAACAUGAAUAUGAAUAUGCCGUUCGCCGCCGCGGCCGCUAUGGGUCUGCACCCACCGCUCAUACCAGUGAUGAUGGGCUCGCAUAUGGACCCAAUGAUGGCGGCCUUCAACCAUCCCGGGGCCGCAGCGAUGGUCAAUCCGUCGGCCUCGCCGUCGGUGUCGGCCGCGAGUCCGAUGCCGAACGCGGACCAGAACUUCUUUGCCGCCCAACAGAAGCUUAUGGCACAACAACAGCAACAGUUGAACGCCGCACAGAAUCAGAAGAGAGCGCGAACUCGUAUUAGUGACGAACAGCUCAAAGUUUUGCGACAAUAUUUCGACAUUAAUAACUCUCCCACUGAAGAGCAACUGUUGGAGAUGUCCGAGAAGUCAGGUCUGCCGCUCAAAGUGAUCAAACACUGGUUCAGAAACACACUGUUUAAGGAGAGACAGCGCAAUAAAGACAGUCCCUAUAACUUCAAUAACCCGCCGCAGACUUUCCUCAAUCUCGAGGAAUACGAGAAAACGGGAGAAACAAAAAUGAUGUCUUUGACUGACAUUAAGAAAGAGACCGAAAAUGAAGCGAAAGACAGUGCCGUCGAAAGUGAGGGCGAGAAAUGGACGGCCAAUACGGCGCCCGACAUGAAGAGCUCGUCGUCCAGAUUAGAUACGGACAAAGACACGGAUUACGCCACUUCUGAUGACGAGAUGAUUGACACCAAAAAGGCAAGAGAUGUCAUUUUAACCAAAAGCGAACAACAAAUUCAGGAGAAGUUUGAGAGCCAUAUAUUGCAGCUCCAAAAGCAACAGUCACUUCAACAUCAAAUCCAAUUACAACAACAACAACAGGAGUUUGAAAUGACCAAAGCUUUGCUCAACGCCAGUGCUCACAGCCCUCACACAUCCGAGUCGUCGAUGAGCUCACAAUCGGCGGCCGAUAUGAGCGCCGCCUCUCUCUUCUCAAGUUUGCCGGGAUUUGCGGCCUCUCUCUCACAGCCGCUGGGAUCGGGUCUUCAGAUGGCACUCGACGCCGCCCACAGGUCUCAGAUGUCGGCCUCCAACUCAAACACACCGAACCCCACGGGAAACGGCAACUCUAAUAGUGGCGGAUCUUCUGGUAAGAGGGCUAACAGAACCCGAUUUACUGAUUAUCAGAUCAAAGUAUUGCAAGAAUUCUUUGAGUCAAACGCAUACCCAAAAGACGAUGAUUUAGAGUAUUUGUCAAAACUCUUGAAUCUGAGUCCAAGAGUUAUUGUUGUUUGGUUUCAAAACGCGCGACAAAAAGCAAGAAAAGUGUACGAAAACCAACCGCCAGUCCCUCAGGAAGACGACGGUUCGGGACGUUUCCAGCGAACGCCGGGUCUUAACUAUCAGUGCAAAAAAUGUAUGCAAGUUUUCCAACGCUAUUACGAACUCAUUAAACACCAAAAGAGCGCCUGUUUUAAGGAUGAGAACCCAUUGGCCGCUCAGUUAAGAGCUGCGGCCGAAUCGCGCGCUCAGUCCACGUCUCCCGGCGUGAGUCGUGAGGCGCCGUCCACUACACCCACACCUGUGGACAGCGGGAGAAUGUCUGCCACACCCGACAAACUCAUGCAACAGUCGCCGCAAACAACACCGGUUUCGCAGCCUUCACAGCAGUCAUCGCAACAGCAAAGCGUCUAUCGCUGUGACAAAUGCAGUCUCGUAUUCAAUCGACACGACUUAUGGCGCGAACACCAAUUGGUGCACUUCAUGAACCCAAACCUCUUCCCCUCUUACCCGCCGUCUUCUCCGUUCGGUAUUUUGCAAUACGAGGCACAACAGAGCCCACAGACUAACGCCUCCACAUCUCCCAACUCUAACAACCCAUUGAACGCGUCGAUAGCACAACAAACACAACAGCAAACCAUUAAACGCAAACUCCCCGAAGACGAGGAUUCGCACGAUUACGACUCACUCAGUGGUAUCGGCACUUCCGGUGAACAGCCCCGCGAUAAGAGACUUCGCACCACAAUAUUGCCCGAACAGCUCGACUAUCUCUACCAGAAAUAUCAAAUCGAGUCAAACCCGAGCAGAAAAAUGCUCGAAAGCAUUGCCAAAGAGGUGGGCCUUAAGAAGCGUGUCGUUCAGGUCUGGUUCCAGAAUACGAGAGCCCGCGAAAGAAAAGGUCAGUUCCGCGCACAUCAACAGGUCAUCCAUAAGCGGUGCCCUUUCUGUCGGGCACUCUUUAAAGCGCGAUCUGCUCUGGAAUCUCAUUUAGCGACCCGUCAUGCGGACCAAUACACCAAAGGCGACAUCAAUAUCGACGCCCUCCCCGACGGCGACCCAGACAUUAACGACACGUCCUCUCCUCCCAUCAACAAUGACGACCUCAUGAGGAGCGCCAACGCCAGUGGUCUCACCGCCGAAGCAUUGCAGUCAACAAUGAAGAAGUAUUACGAGGACUCACUCAAGAAGUAUUUGGAAGAACUCAAUAUUCCGGGUAAAGACGGCCAACAAAGCAAUAUUCCCUCAGAUCUGAGUCUCAAAAUGAAGGCUGCAUUCGAGGCCAGCGGACUCACGACCGGCGAGAGCGCACCCCUCGACCUCUCAAAGCCCGUCGAUUUGUCACAACCGUUAAGAUUCUCGGCCAACGAUGACGAGGGUUUCGACGACACCCGAUCUGACGGCGAAGACUCCGACUCUUCCGACGAUUUGGAGUUCGAUUACUAUUUCUCAUACGGAGAGUCAAACCCGGCGUCUCCGGCGCCCGGAUCUACGACAUCGUCGACGGCGUCGGCGUUGAAUCGACUCAUGAAUUCGGGUCCCAAUACUCCCUCGAACUCCAGUAAACGCUUUCGGACACAAAUGACAACAGUUAUGCUCAAAGUUAUGAAAUCCAUUUUUGCCGACUAUAAGACACCUUCAAUGGCUGAGUGCGAGUGUUUGGGCCGAGAGGUAGGGCUACCGAAGCGUGUCGUUCAGGUCUGGUUUCAAAACGCCAGAGCGAAGGAGAAGAAGGCGAGGUUGCAGUUCGCUAAGACUUUUGGCCACGAAUUCGAGACAAACACUAAACCCAUAGAAGAGUGCAAAAUAUGUUGCAUUAAAUACAAUCUGAAGUUCUCGUCGACUUCAAUGCAGGACCACUUGUUCUCUAAUAAACACAUCCAGAAUCUGAAACAACACAUCGAUUCGGCGAAGAAGAUGUUUGAGGGUCAGGACGACAACAGUUCCGACUUCCCGAUCGCCUCCGGUCUCGUACAGCCUGUGAUUCCCACGAACAACAACACCAAUAGCGGCGCAAACGCCACCUCCGAUGCGGUCGAAAACCGGUCCAAAUCGGCCACAAAUCUCAUGCAACAGUUGCAGCUCAUGGGUCUGUCGGCGGCACUUCCCGCCGGACUAACACUGCCGGACGUGACGGUCAACGGCGGAAACGCUAAGAACUUUAACGAACAAAUAAAGAGUGAAAAGAGCGCACCGACGGCUUCGGCACCCAAUCUGAACAGUAAGGACAGUAACUCGAGUUCCAGCAGUGGUGGCAGCGGAGGACUGGCCAACGCGGACGCGGCGAACGACAACUCAGGUCUAUUCAAUUACAUGUAUCCGUCGGGUCUGCAGAACUAUUACGCGGCGGCGGGCGCUGCGGCCGCUUUCAUGCACCCAUCCAUGUAUGGCACGGCUGCCAACACA